UGAAGUGUACACUCGCCUCCACAGUAAAAAGGCUAUAUACGUGCAGUUUUUUAUCCGAACCGCGGACAAAGAUGAAUUUAUGCGUGUUUGCUUGCCUGCUGGUCCUGGUCGGCUCUGCGAUGGCCGGGCCACUCAUCCAGACACUGAACGGUAGAAUCGAAGGAGUUACGGAAACUUUCAAGGAAGAUAAAUAUCUGAAGGUGGACAAGAAGAUUGACAUCUACAGGGGCAUUCCAUAUGCCGAGCCGCCUUUGGGGCUCCGACGUUUCCAGCCCCCGGUACCCGUCAACUCCUGGAGCGGUACUCUCAACGCAGCCCGUCACGGCCCUGCCUGCAUCCAAUACUUCAUCUCGUUUAGUGGCAUGGACGAGGACUGCUUGUUCCUCGACGUCUAUCGCCCUCACACCGUAUCCAAGACUGCCGCGGUCAUGGUCUUUAUUCACGGCGGUGCCUUUUUCUUCGGCUACGGGUCAAUGCCGGAAUACUUAGGCCAGCCCAUUUCAGCCGUAGGUGAUGUCAUCUAUGUUGCCAUCAACUACCGCCUUGGGCCGUUUGGCUUCCUUUCAACUGGUGACAGCGAGGCUCCUGGUAACGUUGGCUUGCUGGAUCAAGUCUUGGCUCUCAAGUGGGUGAAGAACAACAUUCAUAGAUUUGGUGGAGACCCCGACAACAUCACCAUCUUUGGAGAGAGUGCUGGCGGCGCCAGCGUCAGUUUUCACCUCGUGUCAAAGCACAGCAGAGGUCUUUUCACAAGAGCAAUCAUGCAGAGCGGUACGUCGACGUCGUUCUUCGCCUACCAACGCUCUCUCGACUACGCCAAAAAUCAGGCGAAGGAAGUGGGGCUGAAGGCGGGCUGUCCUACGGGCACCACUGCCGAAAUGAUCUCCUGUUUGCAGGCGUUGCCGGCAAGAAAGUUCCGGUCUAUUGCCUAUAAGGUUGGUUUGGCUUACCUGCCCGUGGUGGAUGGAUCGUUCCUGCACGACAAGCCAGAGAACAUCUUGGCCGCAGGCGACUUCCAGAAACUCGACAUACUGAUUGGAGCAAUGAGAGACGAGGGCUCCCUGGUGGCCUUGGCCGAGAACCUCUUCUCUUUCUUCGCUUCCAAGGCCCCGCCCAUGAGCCACGACAAGUUUCUGAAGACUUACCCUGGCUGGAUCUACAACUACGGUGACGUGGCAAAUAACGCCGCCAUGAAACAGGCCAUUGAGGCCCGCUACGUCAGCGACAGCCAAGCCGCUGAUCCCACCUCCGAUUACCUAGAUAAUUUCAUCAAGAUCAUGACGGACUACAUCUGGAUAGUCCCCACUGAGGUCACAGCUCAGGCUCACCUACGGGAAGGCAACAAGGUCUACAUGUACCAGAUGACGCAUACACCAACCGUCUCCAUCUUUCACAUCUUUUUCCUAGGCCCCAAGUGGGUGGGUGCCAUCCACGCGGACGACCUUCCCUUUGUCUUCGGCAAUUCCUGGAUUCCCAAAGUGUUCUACAAGAUCAAAAAGCCACUGCCUGAGGAGAGGAUGAUGUCCAACACUAUCAUGAAAUACUGGACCAACUUUGCGAAGACAGGUUCACCCAACGAUGGCGUCGUACCCAACUGGCCGGAGUACAAUCUAGACAAGAAGCAAUACAAGGAUAUCUCUGUCUACUUUCCGACCAAGAGCGGUGGUAUCCGCCAGGACUACGUCUCUUUCUGGACCAAUGACAUCCCUAAACUCGUCACUCGCUCUGAUGUGAUUUCGGACCCGACCCGGGGCAUUGAGGCCUUUAUUGAUGUAUUCAACCAGGUUGAGCAGUGUAAGGCCCAGUUCGAUGAAAACGAGGUGCACAUACACCAAGAAAAUAAUGACUCGUGAAAAGACUAACCUCUCGAUGACAGAAAUCUUAAAAAAGUAAUGUUCGAUAAAUUUCAAAUCGGAUUACAGUCUAAAUUCUGAGUUAUGCUAAUACACCCAAAAAGUUUAAUAGUAACAAAAACCACUCGAGUUGAAAAAAGAAUUAGUAACUGAUCUAGGUUAUGGAAAGAUGACAUAUUUCACCCCUACCGGUGAACACAAAACUUUUAUUGCUUUAAUGAAUUACAGCUCCCAAAUUCUCUUGCAAAUAACAUUGAAGACUUCAUCAUGCUUUAGUAAUGUACCAUAGUUUCGAAUGUUUACCGACGCACUUGCCCAAAAUAAAUGUCAAGAGAAAAGUCAGCGUCUGGUAACAGUCAUUUUGCAGUUUGGGAAUUGAAAUCGUGAAGAAUGUUGGAAAGGAGAUCGCCGAUGAAAUGGCAGGCCUUGGUUGGACAAGACAUUCUUGAAUGUCGUAUCUAAACCACAGAAACUGACGUGACUAUUUAUGUUGUUAUGUUCAUGUCUUUAUAUAUCGGUCACAGCAGACGGCGAAG